AUGUCAUACAAUAAUAUGGCGGAGCCAAUUGCGGUUGUCGGGACAAGUUGUCGCUUUGCUGGCGAUGCUACAACACCGUCGCGGCUGUGGCAGCUCCUGGUUAACCCUACCGACUUGAGUCGAGAAAUCCCCCCUUCUCGCUUUAACAUCAAGGCCUUUUAUCACCCUGAUGGAGAGCACCACGGCACGACCAACUCUCCCAAAGCCUACUUCAUCGAGCAAGAUCAUCGCGUAUUCGACGCUAGCUUCUUCAACAUUUCCCCGAAGGAGGCCGAGGCCAUUGACCCUCAGCAGCGCAUGAUGCUCGAGGUGGUGUACGAGGCUAUGGAAUCGGCUGGUUACACCCUCCAACAAUGCUCUGGCGACAAGGUUGCCGUGUUUGCCGGCCUCAUGACUGGCGACUAUGACACACUCUCACAGCGGGACGAACUCGACACCAGCCAGUACUACGCCACUGGGAACGCUCGCUCAAUCUUGUCAAAUCGCAUUUCAUAUUUCUUCAACUUCCAGGGACCCUCCAUGACCAUCGAUACUGCCUGCUCAUCCAGCCUCGUCGCACUUCACCAGGCUGUCUUGAGCUUACGUUCGGGUGAAUCCAAGCUGGCUUGCGUCACCGGCGCGAAUCUGAUUCUCACUCCCGAGCAGUUUGUCGUCGAGUCGAGCUUACGUAUGCUAAGCCCAUCAGGUCACUGCCGCAUGUGGGAUGCCGGUGCUGAUGGCUACGCUCGGGGCGAAGGCGUUGUCGCCAUGUUCAUCAAGACGUUGAGUCAAGCUCUCGCCGACGGCGAUCACAUUGAAGCUGUCAUCCGCGGAACAGGCGUCAACUCGGACGGCCGUUCGCGUGGCAUCACUAUGCCAAAUUGGGAAGCCCAAUCCCGCUUGAUUCAGGACACCUACCGGCGCGCUGGCCUAGACCCCAACAGCCCCAGGGAUCGCUGUCAGUACUUCGAGGCUCAUGGUACCGGAACUAGCGUCGGAGAUCCUAACGAGGCACGCGCCAUCGAAAACGCCUUUUUUAAGAACGGAAGGAAAGUCCCUUCUGACAACAAAUUGCUCGUCGGUUCCAUCAAGACCGUGAUCGGCCACACUGAAGGCGCCGCUGGCCUCGCUGGUCUCCUGAAGGUGAUUCAGAGCAUACGCCACGGCUCGGUGCCGCCUAAUCUCCACUUCGAAAGGCUCAACCCGGAUGUUGAAAAUUACUACGCCGACUUGCUCGUUCCUACUUCUGUCGUUCCCUGGCCAGCCGCUCCGGUCGGUCAGCCGAGGCGUGGAAGCGUCAACUCGUUCGGGUUUGGGGGCACGAAUGCCCACGUUAUUGUUGAGCAAUAUCUCCCUGAGGUGCAUAGCCCGGCAGCCAUGAAGUUGGGUCCCUUUCUUCAAUUGCUUACACCUAUCCAGUCUCAGCCCUGCGCAGAGAAAGGCCGAGUUUGUCUUCCUCUUGUUCUUUCAGCCCCUUCUCAGAGGUCUCUGGUUGCUGUCGUCAAGUCGUAUCGCGACUAUCUUGUGCGCCAAAAUACUCUCAACAUCGAAGAACUGGCCUGGCAUAGUUAUGCCCGACGGACAGCGUUCUCGUUCCGUCUCUCUGUCUCGAGUCUUUCCCCGGCCGGGCUUGUCGACAAGCUCGACUCUCUCCUUUCUAAAACUGAGACCUCGUCCGCCGUCACGCUCGGGAUCCGUGUCCAGCCUCACGAUGAGCAACCCAAGAUUUUCGGCAUCUUCACUGGCCAAGGUGCCCAAUGGGCGACUAUGUCGCGCGGCCUUUUGCUUUCUUAUCGGCCCUUUGCCGAUACCAUCCGGUCUCUGGACAUAAUUCUCCAAACAUGUCCUGAUCCCCCUUCGUGGACGCUUGAGCAAGAGAUCUUGGCCGAUGAGCAUAUUUCCCGGGUGCAGAUGGCAUCCGUGUCACAAUGUCUUUGCACUGCGAUCCAGCUGGCUCAGAUCGAGCUUCUCCGCCACCUCGGCAUCACCUUUCACACAGUUGUGGGACACUCUUCCGGUGAAAUCGCGGCGGCAUAUGCGGCCGGCAAGAUCUCCAUACGCGAUGCCAUCUUGAUCUCCCACUAUCGCGGUAUGGGUGUGCACAUGGCCCGCGGUGCCCACGGGGUCAAGGGUGCCAUGUUGGCAGCCGGCUUGUCAAAAGAAGAGGGUGAAGAGUUCUGUGCAAGCCCGCAGUAUUCCAACCGGCUUUGGGUCGCUGCCAGUAACGCACCAUCCAGUAUCACUCUCUCUGGAGACGUUGAUGCUGUUCAAGAGGCGUGCAAAGAUUUCGCCAGCAGUCAAAGGUUCGCUCGUCCUGUGUUUGUCGACACAGCGUACCAUUCCCCUCACAUGGUUUCUGCGUCUGUCGAGUACCUCAAAGCUUUGAAGACCUGUCGCAUUGUUCCGACAAAAGGAAACGGAACCAUGUGGAUCUCGAGCGUUUACGGCACUGGCGAGCCGGGCCCUCUUGAGCUUACUGGCCCUUACUGGAAAGACAACCUGGUCAAGCCAGUCUUCUUUUAUGAGGCCAUCUCCACCGCACUCGAGACUCUUGGCCCCUUCGAUGGCGCCAUUGAGGUCGGGCCUCAUCCAGCACUGAUGAACCCUGUCACUCGGAUCCUGAAAGCCAAGGACAUGCCGCUCAUGCCAUACUCUGGCUUGCUCAAACGCAAGGUGGAUGACCGUGAGGCGUUUGCAGAUUUCCUCGGUUGGAUGUGGACUAACUUUGGGUCCUCAUCCUCUCAGAUCCGUCAGUUUGUUUCCAGUUCCCUACAACCUCAACUCGUCAACGCCCGGCUUGCCGACCCGCCGAUAUACCCGUGGGAUCACUCCCAGGUGUUUUAUCGUGAGUCGCGGAUUUCUCGUCAGUACCAUUUCAAGUCUGACAAACCCCAUGAGCUUCUCGGCGUCCGGACCCGUGAUGACAACAAACAUCAACUGAGGUGGCGCAACGUCCUCAAGUUUGACAAAAUCCCGUGGGCUAAACAUCACAGUUUUCAAGGCGAGGCCUUGCUGCCGGCAUCAGCCUACAUGGUCAUGGCUUUGGAUGCGUCCCGGGUCGCCCUGGCCGGCCGCCAGGCUUCAGUUGUUGAACUACGCGACCUGAAGUUCUUUAGCGGUGUCAUCCUGGAGCCGAAUGCGCCUGGCGUUGAGGUCUUAUUCAACCUAACUAUCGAACAUGAAUCUCGAGACACCAUUGAGGCUACCUUCAUGCUGACCUCUGCCAUUGCAGACGGCCGGUCGGAUAUGAGGAAGAACAUGAGCGGAAGGGUUACCAUGACCCUUGGAGAGCCGUCCGCAGACGUUUUGCCAUCCCGACCAUUGGACCGGGCGGAGACGGUGCACGCCAACCCCAAAGGCUUUUACCACAUGAUGGCCGAUACCGGGCUGGUUUACACUUCGCCGUUUAGGGGUUUGGAAACACUCGAGCGGCGGUACAAUUUCGCUUCGGGCACCCUGAGGAAGUACCACAAGGAGGAUACCACGUCCUUGAGCAUCAGCCCGGCAACCCUGGACAGCUGCCUGCAAACCGCCUUCGUUACCAUUUCUUCCCCCGGCGACAACACGAUCUGGAACUCGUUUCUUCCGGUGGAGAUUGAGUCUGUCCGCUUUAACAUGUCCAACUGUGACAUCAAGAACCCAAACGAGGACCGGCUCGCGGUCGACGCCUACAUGACCAGGUCGAUGCCCAUCACCACACAAAACGCUGCAUCCUUUACGGCGGACAUUGAAAUCUUCAACCCCAGCGGAGACAUGGAGAUUCAGGUACAAGGCUUGACUGUCGGCUCCCUUAGCUCGACAAAACCAGAGGACGAUUAUGAGCUCUAUCUGACUACGAAGUUCGACGUUGACCCGGAUGCCGAGAUUUUCGCCGCGGAAACCAUCGAUCUGGAAGCGGCAAACCCGAUGCUAGCUGAGAGCUGCGAACGGGUUGCCGCCUUCUACGUGAACCAAACACCUAUCGCCAGGCCGCGUUCUCCCACACUGGGUUUGCUCCUCGAGCGGGCAGAGAAUUUCUUCCCCCCAACCUCAUGGCCUCGAGAUACGGAGGAGACUCUGGAUAAAUUCGUUCAGUCUUCCCCGUACUUUGUUGCUCUUGAUUUCAUCCGCGAGUUGGGCAAGAACUUGCCGGAGGGCCUCGUGGGGAUGCUACCAGCGAUCGUGGAGGAGGCACAUCAUCUUGUAGGAUUUCAGCGGCAUGUUUCCCGAGUUGUUGGUCAGAUCGCACACAAGUACCCGAGGAUGAACGUUCUAGGACUCACGGAUCCCGAGAUGGGCUUGACAGAGCAUAUUCUAGGCGGUUUGAAGAGCUCCUUUGUCCGGUACCGGGCCGGCUCCGUUUUAGAGAGUAAUCUCGACUCUCGGAUCCCGCCUCAUGAGAGUUCGCGCCGGAAGCUCAUGGUGGACGAGCUCGAUCUGAACGAAGGGAAGCUGGAUGAGGGUGGCACGUACGACUUGGUGCUGCUCGCCACUUCGAUCAUUCAGCCACAGAAGACUGCGAGCACUCUUAAGCUGGUUCGACGGAUGAUGAGGCGAGGUGGCUUCUUGGUGCUUCUCAAUGUAUCUCGAAAUCCGCUCAAGGACAGGAUUCGGCGUCAUGCUGGGGCCUCAUCCGACACAAAAUAUCCGCUCUCACCACCCGACUGGCCUGACCUCCUUGACCAGUGCGGGUUUGGCUACUCGAUGAAGAAUGGUCACCAAUACUACCCCCCUGGCCUCUCCAUAAUCGUUCGCCAAGCCGACUGUCCCCAGAAGCGCUUGAUGCUGCAUCCCUUCUCCGAUCCACAUCGAAAUCAUCUGACUGACCGCUUGCUGGUCAUCGGUGGAAAGAAGGAGGAGACGGCCCUUAUCUCAGCAGGCAUCUACUCUCGUCUCACGGCCACCUGCGAUGUAGUCGAACAGGCAGAGUCGCUCGAGGCGCUCGAUCCUGCAAUCGCCGCGUCUUUCUCAGCUGUGAUUCUUCUGAAUGACAUGGACGAGCCCAUUUUGGGGACCAUGACGGACAAGCGGAUGGAGAUCCUUCGAGCUCUGUUUAGACCCGAGAUGAUAAUCCUCUGGGUAACCCACAACGCCCGGUUCCACAAUCCCGACCAGGCGGCCUCGUUUGGAUUCACGCGCACUUUAAUGGCCGAAACUCCCGGUCUGGCACUACAGAUGCUCGAUCUCGACACGACCGACACUGUACCGGCGGUCGAAGCAAUCACAGAGACCUUCGCCCGGCUGACCAAGUAUCGCCUGGCCAAGGACCCCGAGGGCACUAAGACACUGUGGGUUAACGAGCGAGAAAUUUACCUGGAGAAUGGGCGCCGUCUUGUUCCUCGGGUCGUGCCAUGGAAAGAAGCCAACGGCAGGGUCAAUGCGCCUCGCCGGGUUGUGACAAACAGUGUCAACACUCUAGAAAAGGUGGUGCAUAUUGUCCCAGCCAAACACGACGAUGGCGACUCAGGUGGUUACGGGCUGGAGGGAGCAUGGGUUCUCGACAUGUCCGCAGGGUCCAGACAGAACUCUCUGACCUAUUUCGUCCGGACGUUACCCAGAAAUUGCACGUACGCCACCCAUUCCUCAGUCCCGGCCUGUCCUCACAGCAACGUCGGGGGCAAUAAAUAUGCGACAAGUUUGUGGGAGUACGCCGUAGCUCUUGCGCUUGCCGAGACGGCGGCUUCGCCGACGGAUGUCGAGCCGGCUAUCACUGCGGUUCCCGAUCUGCUCCGGGCCAAGUCACCGCUACCGGCCUUUCAAACCAUCAACUGGAAGGCCGAGCGUUCCGUAUCACUUACCGUAAAACCUUUGGCGGUCACAAAUGCGCUAAGCCCGACCAAAACCCGGAACCCGCCAGAAACGCAGCUCAAGUGGCAGGCCGAAAUGAUCGCCAACGGUAUCACUAUCCGCUUCGAGGCUCUCGACGUCACCAACCUCGGGGCAGUCAUCUCGUUCAAGAAGAAGCUCGCCAAGACGCUGCCACCCGUGGGCGGCGUAGUUAACGGCGCCAUGGUCCUCGACGACCGCGUCUUUUCCCAGAUGUCGCUGGAUACGCUGGACCGUGUCAUGCGCCCCAAGACCGUCGGAUCCAAGAACCUCGACCAGGUCUUCGACAGCCCUGACAUGGACUUCUUCAUCAUGACAUCCUCCUUUGCCGCCAUCGGUGGCCACGCCGGACAAUCCAACUACGCCGCCGCCAACAUGUACAUGAACGGGCUCGCGGCGUCUCGCCGGCGCCGCGGUCUCCCCGGCUCUGUCCUCAACAUCGGCGUUAUCUACGGCCUGGGCUUCCUGCACCGCGAAAGGGACGGCCUCUACUCGGGCCUCGAGCGCGAAGGCUACCCCCCAACCUCGGAGCGCGACCUGCACCACAUGUUCACCGAGGCCAUCGCGGCCGGCCACCCAUCCAACCCUUCCCCCGUCUACGACAUCACCACGGGCCUGCGCCGCUUCCCCGCGCACGACCCGACGCUCUCCUGGCACCACGACCCGCGCUUCUCGCACUUCACACGGCGUGACGACGACGGCAGCGGCACCGCCACGCCAUACACCGCCGCCGCUGCUGCCGCCGAGGCUACCACGGCAGCCUGCAGCGCCCACCCACGGCCCCCGCACCACCACAAACAACAAAAACACCACACCCUGAGCUGCCAGGUCGACGCCGGCCACCACCCCCCGACGAAAUCACCCACCUCCUCUCCACCGCACUGCGACGACGCGGCGGCGGCUUCGGUGACGCCGGAGCACAGCCCCGCGGAGCUGGGGGUGGACUCGCUCGCGGCGGUGGAGCUGCGGGCGUGGGCGUGGCGGGUGCUGGGGCUGGACGUGGCGGUGAUGAAGAUUACGAGUGGGGCGACGAUUGCGAGACUGGCGAGGGAUUUGGCCGGGGGGGUGGUGGAGGGGCGGGAGAAGAGGGUGAGGGAUGAGGGGGGGGAGGGAGAGGGUGGCGAGGGGGGGGAGGGUGAGACUGAGAAGGGGGGGGUUACCAGGUAG